UUUGUUUAUACUCUUCCCUCGCCGUUCCUCCCUUGGCGCGCCUCUCUCUCUCUCUCCCCGAUCCUGCGCUCGCCACAAAUACGAAUAUUAUGGCAAAUAGCAAUUUACCGAGACGAAUUAUCAAGGAAACGCAGCGUCUUCUCAGUGAACCAUCUCCUGGAAUUAGCGCGUCGCCUUCGGAAGACAACAUGCGGCAUUUUAAUGUGAUGAUACUUGGCCCUGCACAAUCUCCGUAUGAAGGAGGCGUAUUCAAGUUGGAAUUGUUUCUACCUGAAGAUUAUCCAAUGGCACCACCCAAGGUUCGCUUUUUGACUAAAAUAUACCAUCCCAACAUUGACAAGCUGGGAAGGAUAUGUCUUGACAUUCUGAAAGACAAAUGGAGUCCAGCUCUCCAGAUCCGAACAGUUUUAUUAAGCAUACAAGCUCUUCUUAGUGCGCCAAAUCCAGAUGAUCCCCUUGCGGAUAACAUUGCGAAGCAUUGGAAGUCAAAUGAGUCUGAAGCUGUUGAAACAGCAAAGGAAUGGACCAGUGCAUACGCAACUGGUGCAUGACAAAGAAGGCGGGAUAUCGUGGUUAAAAAGGAUUUUGGCAACUCUUGUUGUAUGUUUAAUUGACAGGCAAAUUUGUCGUUUGAGUAAUAGAUGAAUUAGUCUUUCAAAUUAUAUGUACCAUUGGUGUCCCUAAAACUUCCGCAUUCAGCUGUAUUUUCCGGUUUAGAAGGCUUGCUUUAAAUAUGUACAGCCGCGUGCUAUAUUUUGUUAUAAAUUUAGUAGUAAGGUACACUUCUAUA